AUGCCGAAAUGCGAGAAGUGUGGUCACAGCACUAGCACUUGCACGUGUUGCAAAACAUGUAAACAUAGGCAAUCGAAGUGUACAUGUAAAACUAAGGGCUCUUCGAGCAAAACCAAGGGCUCUUCAAGCAAAAAUGAUCCUGGGUCUGGUUCUGGUUCUGACGAUUCCAAAAAAUCAGAUGGUUCUCGCCGUUCCAACAAUUCCAACAAUUCCAAAAAAUCAGAUGGAUCUCACCAAUCCGGUAAAUCAGCGGCAUCAGGAGAUUCACAGAAAACACAUAACUCUGGCAAAUCUGAACUUACAGAAUUGACUAAAGUCUACAGUGGGCAGAUUCGUUCUAUAAUAGAAGAGUGCGAAAGAGAGAUAACCGAAACAACAAACGAACAACCCCUUCCUAAUACAAAAGUAUGGACCGACGAGAUGAAAGACGAGUAUGCAAAAUACAAGGCAAUUGGUAUAAAAAAAGACGAUAGCAGAAGAGUCUUCCAAGGAAGCUAUAAUCAGAGCUUGAAGAAGAAUGCUUCUGCGAAAGAUCUUGAAAUCCUCCGAAAAGAUGCUCUUACAUGGGCCGGACUCGCAAUUGAUGAAAUGAAUGCGCGGCUUGGAUUCUUAACCAAAUAUGAAGGCGCAUAUUACAACACAAAGGGUCAUAUAGAGGCGGUAAAGAACCUAAGUACUAAUGGUAAAAGGGCUGUUAACCAUGCAAGAUUAGCGAGAAGUAGAAUCGAAAAAGUGAAAAUGACUUCUUAG